AUGGGGUCUCAGAGUCCCUUGCCUUCAGUGACGACCAAGACGGUCCCUGGUCCUGCCCCAAGUGGCAUGGGCAACGGCCUGUUCGCCACUACUGACAUCAAGGUCGGGGAGGACGUUGUGCACGCUGCUGUGCCCUUCGUGGCCGUUCUCGACACACCGCGUCUGGAUGAUACAUGCUCUGCUUGCUUUGGGAAGAGGCAAAUGGAGGCCGGUACUGAGCUGAAGGCUUGUACUGGCUGUCGAGUGGUCAAGUAUUGUGAUAGGACGUGCCAAUCCAAGGACUGGAAAUUCGCCCACUCUUUGGAAUGCUCUAUUUUCCAAAGGCUCAAGCCCCAGGUGCUGCCUAACAAUGCCCGGGCCCUUUUGCGGAUGGUUCUUCGCACCUCGAAGGGGAAGUAUACGACCCAGGAGCUUGGAAUUUUUACCAACCUUGAAACCCACAUCCAAGAGAUUCAGGAAGUGCAGGCCCAUCUGGACCGGAUCAAUCUCACGUCCAAAGCUGUCAAAAAUUACUCGGAGACGGAUAUGACUCAGGAAGCCAUCAUGGCUUACGCAGCAAGGCUGGAUCUGAAUUCGUUCAAUCUAACCACAGCCAUGUAUGACCGCAUUGGGCUCUAUCUGCAUCCCUAUGCCGCUCUCAUCAACCACAGCUGCGACUACAAUGCCGUAGUUGGGUUUGAUGGGGAAGAGCUGUACGUCAAGGCCAUGCGGCCCAUUAAAAAGAAUGAGCAGAUUUUUAUUUCCUAUAUCGACACUACAACUCCCAAUGAAGUCCGCCGCAAGGAGCUGUCUGAACGAUACUUCUUCGACUGCCAAUGCACUAAAUGUGCAAAGGGAACAGAUACCCCCGAAGACCAAUUCACCGAAACACCUGAGGACAUGUCCAUUCUCGAAAUAGCUGAAAAGCAAGCAUUGGAGCUCAUGCAACAGGCCUCAACAUCAAACGGCAAACCCGAAGAGGAGAUCAAAAAACUCGAAUCCGCCAUGCGCAUUCUUAAACAGACAUCAAAAUGGCCCCUGACCCGGCAACCAUAUGCGUCACUACGCGACCAACUUAUCAUCUCUCUCCUCUCAGUCAACAAUUUCAGCAAAGCCUUUCUCCACGCCGCUAUCAGGUACCUACGCAUCGACCCGGUCCUCUACAGUCACGCACAUCCCAUUCGGCACCUCCACGCUUGGAUACUGGCCAAGCUCGCUAUCUAUCUUUCACAGCAAGGAUUUGAGAGCAAUUCGAAGGAAGCUGCCCUGAUACAGGAAUCAGGACUGAAUUUCCACUACAUUCUUUGGUACAUACUGGCUGAUCUCGCCAGCAGGCAGCUCGAGAGCUGCACAGUGCCCAGCUUCAGGAGGUUGGUCGCAGCCAACUUUGCACAGGUCCACAAUGAAUUUAAAGCGAAUGGUAUGGAUCCAAGUACUUCUAAAUCCAUUGUCAGUGCGGAGUGGAAGAAGCUUGAGAAAUUAGUUCAGGUAGCACUGGACAAUGAAUAA